AUGCGCGAAAUAACCAUGGUUGCUCCACGGAGCGCUGGCAUCAGCACUCUUGGGCGCUUUCGUGCCCAUCACUCGCCUCUUCUGCGACUCCCCGCAUCGGUCCGUUACGUCUCGACCGAAUCCCAUCCAUUGACUUUCGGGCAAAGCCGCCGAUCAACGAGACCCGGCCUUUCUACAUUACAUCCACUAUGCAAGGUCACGGCGGGGCGAUCAUCGUCUGGAUCUUUCUCGACGUCUCCGCUGCUGUCUGACUCGGAUUGGGAUCACAACCCGAAUUUUUCAAUCUCCAACUUUUCGGAAUUGCCCUCCAAAGAUUUCGGUGUCAACCAGCAUAUGGUCAUCAAUCAAGAGUUCAAAGAAGCACUGCGGCAGAUUCUAUGGCAAUUCCGCGCGCCAAUCCGAUAUGCAUUUGCCUACGGAUCCGGCGUCUUUACCCAGUCGGGUAGCGCAGCCUCGUCCACCCCUACGCACCCAUCGGCGCCGGCAGCUAUCCAUAAUAUGCAGCAAGGUUCGGGGAAGAUGAUUGAUUUCAUCUUCGGGGUAUCAUACUCUCAACACUGGCAUUCCUUAAACUUGGGCCAGCAUCGCGAUCACUAUUCAGGACUCGGGUCGCUCGGGUCUUAUAUGGUCUCUCAGGUCCAGGACCGGUUUGGAGCCGGUGUAUAUUUCAACACCCACGUUACAGUGAACGGGACUUUGAUCAAAUAUGGUGUGGUCAAUUUGGAUACGUUGUGUCAAGACCUCACUCGAUGGAAUACACUAUAUCUCGCUGGCCGCCUGCACAAGCCCGUGAAGAUCCUGCGAGAUCAUCCCAAGGUCCGAUUGGCGAACCAGAUGAAUCUGCUUUCCGCUUUACGUGUGGCUCUGUUACUGCUUCCGGAGCGGUUCACCGAGUUUGAACUUUACAGCACCAUCGCAGGGAUCAGUUACAUGGGGGAUCUCCGUAUGGCGCUCCCGGCGGAGGAUCCUGGCAAGGUGCGCAACAUUGUCUCCGGGCAGAUGGCACACUUCCGGCGGCUAUAUGCGCCGCUCAUCAACAACCUGCCCAACGUCACCUUCAAGGACCCCCGCUGCAGCCAGCGUGACUGGAUUGACGACCCAGAUGCCAUCCUAGCCAUGGUUCAGGACAUGGACCCGGUGAAACGUGGGAAUAUGGUUCGCCGGCUUCCUGAAUCUUUCCGGGAGAAACUGUACUUCCAGUAUCAGUCACGCUAUGCCAUCCCACGGGCCGACUUCAAUAAGAUGAUGGAGGAAAGCACCGACACCAAACAGGAUGUCGUUCGAAGACCCCAGGGAGGGCCUUUCGAACGGCGAAUUGCUAGUGAUGACCAACUUCAGGAAGAAGUGUCAACGUCGAUCAUGAAAACAAUUCGGUGGCCCAGUACGGUGCAGACCCUCAAGGGGCCCCUCACCGCGGGCAUCGGUAAGAGCUGGAAUUAUAUACGAGAGAAGCGAGAGAAGCACAAGAAGGCGCGGAGCAGCCCAGUGCCACCCACUGAGGCGCCCGAGAGAAAAAAGGAUUAA